AUGUCGCUCAGGUUUUUCACAAUCUCGUCAAACUUGGCAACAGAGUCUCCGCUCAGCGCAAGGAACAGAGCCGAGGACGGUCCGUCGAUCGUCGACAUGGUGUUCUUAUCCAUGAACUGCCAGUUGGCCUUCAAUGCCGUCAUGUUGGAGUCGCCAACAUCCAGCGGCUCCACCUCGCGCUUGACCUUUGGAAGCCACUCCAGAGUCAGCUCCAGGCUCGCAAGCAAAUUCGCUAUAGGCUCGAACCGCGUGUUUGGCUGCGAUAAUGCUAAUUUGAACAGUUUGCUGCCAUCUUUCAGCUGCUCGGCGAUCUCCUCUGGAAUCAGCUCCAACUCUCCUUUCAGAAUACUCGAAGAAAUCUUGCCAAGUGAAGCAUCACUCAGCCAGUGCGACACCAAAGAAGUGUGA